AUGAAGAACAAGAGGGGGAAAGUGGUGUCCAAGAAGUCGCACGCCGCCGGCAAGAAGAACUACCAGAACAUCUCUACCUGGACUGAAGCUGUCCUCAAGGCCCGCAAGGAGCUGGGAAUCAAGGGAUUCUGUGCUGUCGGCGGCAAGACGGCACAGGGCAAGGCGCUUUACGCCAAGGCCAAGUCUCUCUACGCGGCCUGA